AUGGUAAUGACAAUGCAUAAACAGUGCCAAUCAUAUGGCUCUCAUUGAAAGAGUAUCAAAUAAAAGGAUAGAGAGCAUUAGGUGCGCUUCAUCUUCAUCAAGUGCUUGCGAUGGAAGCAGAUAAGGGUAAGGUAUGUGUUACAGGAGGUACUGGAUUUGUAGCUUCAUGGUUGAUCAUGAGGCUUCUUCAGCAUGGAUACUCAGCCCACACCACCGUUAGACCUGGCCCAGAACACAAAAGGGACGUUAGCUUCUUGACAAGCCUACCAGGAGCGUCCAAGAAACUCCAAAUCUUCCAAGCUGAUCUUAGUAUCCCGGAAAGUUUUGAAUCGGCCAUUAAAGGGUGUAUUGGUGUGUUUCACGUAGCCACUCCUGUUGAUUUUGAAAACAAAGAACCUGAGGAAGUGAUUGUAAAAAGAACAAUUGAUGGAACAUUAGGGAUCUUAAAGGCAUGCUUGAACUCCAAGACAGUGAAGCGAGUUGUGUACACUUCCAGUGCAUCAACAAUUGUAUUUAGUGACAAGGUUGUGGACACAAUGGAUGAGGGCUUUUGGAGUAAUGUGGAUUACAUAAAGUCCAUUAACUACUUUACUUUUGGUCCUUACAUGAUUUCCAAGACAUCGACGGAGAAGAUAGCUCUUGAAUUUGCAGAAGAGCAUGGAUUGGACCUUGUGACAGUAAUUCCUUCUUUUAUUGUCGGUCCCUUUAUUUGUCCUAAGUUCCCUGGCUCAGUGCACACAUCAAUGGCUAUGAUACUGGGUGAGAGGGAGCAAUAUGGUCUUCUUCUCAAUUUAUCAAUGGUGCACACAGAUGAUGUGGCUAGAGCACACAUAUUUCUAUUUGAAUAUCCUGAAGCAAGAGGGAGAUAUAUUUGUUCUUCACACACCAUAACCAUUGAAGAGCUGUCUAAGUUUCUUUCAGCCAAGUAUCCACAGUUCCCAAUACCAACAGUGGAAUCUCUGAAGGGUAUUGAAGGCUAUAAAACCCCAGGAGUUUCUCCAAAGAAAUUGUUGGACUCUGGUUUUGAAUUCAAGUAUGGAUUAGAUGAGAUGUUUGACGAAGCUAUCCAAUGCUGCAAAGAGAAGGGCUAUCUAUAGUUCAUUUUGCGAAUGCAGAAUUUGCUCUCCUAAUUUCGAUGUGUUUUAUUGAAUGCUUAUGUAUUAAUGGCAAGUUUUAUAGUGAACCAAUGCAAGAGCUUGCCCUUGGAAUCACAUCGACGUCCAAGGGAUGCAGACUGCAGAGGAUUUUUGGUUCCAUCAAUCCAAGAAAUCUGUGUCUAGAAUCUUGAAGUAAGUUAUUAUAUAAUACAACGCUGCUUUGAUGACAA